AUGCGCUCAGCUGGGCGGAUUGGGCUGCUCCUGCUCUGGUGCAAGCAGUUCCAGUCGGCUCUUGGCUCGGAGGAGGCCCACAGUUGCCCGGCUGGCAGCCCGAGGUGUCUCGGAAGCUGCUCCGGUCGGGUCAUCGUGGUGGGAGCCGGCCUGGCAGGCUUGGUGUCAGCUCAGACGCUGCAAAGGGCAGGCUGUGAGGUUGUGGUUCUGGAAGCCCACGGCCAUGUCGGUGGAAGAGCUGCUGCACUUCAGACGGGGCCGUUCCAAGGCUUCGAUGCAGGCGCGCAGUGGGUCCAUGGCGGAGAGGAAAAUCUUCCCAUCAUGGCGCUGGCACGCUUCUUCAAUCUUACCGUGGAGCAGGUCGGUGGCAACACGGACUUCGAAGGGGACCACGAGAAGCAUCGGCUGUUUCUUGCGCACGGACCGAACGAGGACGUGAAGGCAGAGGCUUUCCGGCGGUAUCUCGAAGCCAAGGGGCACUUCGAUCGGAGAGUGAGCUGGGUCAUUGCGAAGCAUCGGCGCGACCUGGCACUCAGAUCCGCAUGGCAGCUCAUCCUGAACGGAAGCUUCGACCCCCUAUUCGAGUGGCAACUGCGUGUCCGCAGCGAGCAGAGCUGGGGCAUCAGUCCAGAACAAGUGGGGACACGACUCUCCGAGGUGGCUGUCUACAGCACCUUUUAUUCCGAUGACGCGCCAGGCGAUGCGAAGCUGAUCGGCGGCUUCGGCAGCCUGGUGCGGGAGUUGGCCAAGGGCUUGAAUGUGCGCUUCAACACUACAGUGACCUCCAUAUCUCUGGAGGGUGCGGUCUCAGUCCGUGCGGCAAAUGAGACCCACCGAGGCGCAGCAGUGAUCGUGGCCGUUCCGUUGCCCAUCUUGCAGCAGAAGAUGCACCUCCAGCCGCCGAUGUCUAGUGACUGGAAUGCAUCUUUGCACCGCUUGCAGAUGGGGGACAUCGCCAAACUGUUCAUAAAGUUUGCGGGUGGGCAGUCUCCCGAGGGAAACGGCACUUACCUGCUCUCGAAACUGGUAUCGCACACAUCACGGAGCCUCCUCUACUACUGCACAUGGGAAGCUACAUCGACCACGCCCCGCACCGUGCCUGUACCACCGAGCACGUUGAUUUGCCUGCUGUCGGGUGCUUCCUUUGCAGAGGCGCUGAAGUUGAAGCAGGCCGGCAAGCAAGCCUUGCGGAGCCGCGUUGUAGAGGAGCUCUUUCAGAUGUAUCCAGAACUGCAGCCGACAGCCGUGGAGGCUGUACAGCUCGUGUCCUUCUCCUGGGACCCUUCCGUUCUGGGGUCCUGGACGUCGGGAAAGGUGGGUUCCAGCAGCCGAGAUUUCAGUAUCUUCCAGCCGGCGAUCACAGGCAUGGCCUUCGCCGGCGAGCACACGUGCCGCUUGAUGUACGGAACCGCUCAGGCGGCCAUCGUCUCGGGGGCACGCGCUGCACAUGAGGUCUUGGCUGGUAGACUGGGUGGUACAAUUGGAAGCACCUGGCCUUUCUUCGACAAGGAGUUGUACUCGCUAUGCGACGAGCUUGCACAUGAGGGAAGAAGGGAGCAUUGCGGAUUGACCUGCCCAACGCUUUGGGCACCAUUGCCAGAGGUGGUGCCAAGCCUCUUUCAAGACUGGCAAGGCAUGCCGAAGAAAGCGCGGCGCUGCUGGAGCAGGUUAGGCUGGCGACCGCUCUCCUGGAUGCGGCAAGCCAGGAAGCCGGCCUCGAGCUUGAAGAAGUGGCUGCUGCUGAGCUUCGCUGAGAAGGCAGCCGCCACUCACUUAGGCUUUUCUGAAGAGACAUGGAAUGCUGCGUCGAAAGAGAUGACUGACAUCAUUCUGUGCAGAUCAGGAAGCACUCACCUCCAGUUCUGGGAUUGCUUGACGAAGAACCAGCAGCGAGACUGGCAGCGUCUGGGCAUUGAUCGCUCCACUCUGAAUGAAGAGCUGCCAAGUGCCGUGGCCACAACUGGCUGGAGACAGCUGACCCAUCUGCAGCGCAAAGCGGCGAUCCGGAUUGGCUAUCGCCCCUGGCUGUGGUGA